AUCAGACUUCCGACUUCGAGAAUGUGCGAGAAUAACAGGAAAUCACGCACAGCGUGAGACCACACGUGCGCAUUUUGACACGUGUAAAUAGGGUUCAUUGUCGAUAUUAUGAACUUUCUAAAUCUUGAUCCUAUCUCUCCGCCAAAAUAAUAAUAAAACCUCCCCGAACAUCAUUCGUCUGUUGAUUUGAAACUUUUGACCUAUGUGAACAACAAUUGCUCGUAUUAAUGACCGUUUUGUGAUGGGGAAAAUCAAAAUAAAUGUCAGCGAGGGUCAAAUGUAGGAGUACUACGUGGUUGUCUAGCUCACGAUCUAACCUUCUCUCCACCCCACCCUCCAACUACUCUAACCCUCCAUCCCCUCCCCUACUUUUGACCUUUGGAUUGUGGGACACUUUGCAGGUGUUGCGUUACCUACAGCAAACUGCGUCACACGAUCUGUCACGUGGGAGAGGGGGUAGGCAGAGGUCAUCCUAUUGUCGGUGCUUGCGUACAAGCUGCGCAGGACUUGUUCCAGUUUUCAGUCUUGUCGUCUGCUGCAAGGUGUCUUUUGGCGCUCGGCCAUCGGCAGGAUCUGCGCAGUGCCACCAGUGCGCAGCUCUUUGGGGAACUCGGCGUUGUGAGGUCCUGUCCGUCUGUCCUCCCAUUCCUUGUCGCCCACCGGACGUAACGACAGCCAGCCACACAGCCUCGGGCACGCGGAGCUGCCAGCCUUUACCUGCUCUACCCGCCAACACUUCACCCCGAGUACAAGACAAAACGCACAAAGCAUACACAGCCAUGUCCAGACUCCUCCUUGUGGUAGCAUCUGUCCUGCUGGCGUGUGGUAGCUGGGCAUCCGCCUUGCCGUUCGAUGGAGCAGUUCCAUGGAACUUAGAACUGGAACCUCUGACCUCCAGCUCCUAUUUCAGAAUGAGACGGCAGGCUGCCUUUCCGGAAUCCCUUACGUCGUGUGUGACCAUCACCUUUCUGACAGACAUGAAGCACCGUUUCGAGUCGCUGAUUGACACCAACCAUGACGGUCGGGCAACAGCGGAGGAGAUGGAGGCCUACCUGCGUAAGUUCAAGCCAAGCGUGACGGACGAGGAAGUGGCCGCCUUCAUCCGUCGUCGCGACAUCGAUGGGGACAGCGUGAUCGACUUCAUCCCAGAGUACGUGCUGGACAUCUCCUCUCCGGACAUGUCGCCCGAGGCGGCUCGCGAGUGGUUCAUGCUGGAGGACCGCAACGGUGACAGCUACGUGGCGAAGAGCGAGCUGCUGACUAUCGCCGAGAACCUGGGCAUGUCGCCCGACCAGGCCGAAGACAGCGUCAGCAGCUACUACAUGUCCGCCGACGCCAACAAGGACGAGCAGCUCAGCUUCCAGGAAUACAAGAGCCUCUAUGGGCAGAGACGCUAAGACGACCUGUUCUCUCUGGUGAUAGUUCUUCGCUCGAAACACAUUUCCUGAACUUCAUCUAGAUAUCAGAGAUAGACAUUGAUGGGCAUCUACACGCUAGUGUGCACCUGUCAUCAACGUUUGUCCAGACCUUUGCUUCGUUCCUGUAACACGCUUUCUUUAUGACACACACACACAAAAACACGUAACAUAAACACCUCAGAAAGACAACAAAUCUUUAAUGGUUACACUAAUAUUCAUCUAUUUUCAAAAAUUCAAAAAUAUUUCAUUCAACUCCAUAACUGAUUCCUAGAAAAACAAAAUUCCUUUUCUUACGCAUGCGCGCACAGUCUGAUAUCCUGUACAAUAAACUCAUACAGUGUGACUUUAUUGUUUUAUACAUUUAUGUGUUACUAGAAUAUACUUUAAUAAUAUUUACUUUUUCUUUGGAAGUUAUUAAAGAAGUACACGAGAACAUU